GUUGCCGCCAUUAUUGGAUUGUUGUUGUUGUUGUUGUUGUUGUUGUUCAAAUGUAUAUUCCUGUGCUUGUAGCAACAACAAAAAAAGAUUGUAGGCGUUGAAAUAAUAUAUUCAUCUAUGGCCAUUGGUGAUGAUUGUUUCUCUGUUGUAUUUUUUUUUCAUCAUUAAAAUGUUGAUGUUGAUGAUGAUGCUCGGUAACAGUAAUCAAGUAAUAACAUCAUUGAUUUGGCAAAAAUUUCUCUUUUCACUUUUUUUUUCUACCAAUUAUCAUUGUAUAUGUGAUGUCCUUUUUUGGAGUUAUGGCAACAAGUUGUGUUCGCCAUUUUAUUUUUUUCACUGUUUGUUCCAAUUGUUGUAUUUGGAAUAAUGAACACAUGAAUACAUACAUGAAUGGAUGAAUGAAAGAAUGAAAUGCACACCUUUGUGUAAAAAAAAAGUUUACUUUGAUUUUUUUUUAUCAUAUGUGUGUUGAUUCAUUUAUUUAUUCGUCAAAAAACGCUGUUUGCUUUCCUAUACAUUCCAUACAUUUUAUUUUAUUUUCAUUGAAAAAAAAAUUUAUAGAAUGAACCGCUUUAAAUUCAUUGAUUUUGGCUACCACGCACCUGUAUCAUUAUCAUUAACAUCAUUAUAAUCCGGUUGUAGAAUAACCAUCUACAAAUAGUUUUUUUUUCUUUCCAAUGAUUCCUACGUUUCAAAUUAUUUUUUUAUUUCGAUGUUUACUUCAAAAAAAAAACAACAACAACAACAACAACAAUGACGAAGACAAGAUCACAUCCUCCCAUUCUUAAUAUAGUCAAAUUGCUUUAUUUGGUUCAUUUUAUUUGUUAAUUUUGAUGAAAGCCAAAAAGGUGAAAACGAUCUCAUCACUCAUCGUUUUUUUUAAUGUUCGCACAUAGCAUUUGGUCAUCAUAAUGAUCAUCAUCUUAUCCAAAUUCGUAAAAUUUUCAUCAAAUAAGUUUUUUUUCAAAACCUGAACGAAAAUUUACAAGUGCUGUGUUUAUUGAAAAUAGCAACGAUGAUGCGUACUAAUGAAAAACCAUCAAAACAUCAUAUGACAACAUCAUCGUUUAGGGCACCAUCAAGAGAUGCCAAUAAUCAAUAUGAUAGUAAUUACCAGCAGCAACAACAUCAUUUUGGAAGUAUCAAUCGAUCUCGUUCCAAUUUUGGUGAAAUCUGUGAUGAAACAUGGCCACUUGAUGAAGUGAUCAAUAAAAUUGAAUUAAAAUCCGAUAGUGAUGAUGAAAGUGGCAUCAAUCAACCAUACAAUGUAGAAUCAAAUAUUUGGCGUAGUGGACCACAGCUUGUUUCACAUAAUUUUGAUUCUGGUCGUGAUAUUAAACGUUUACCUGGAAAUGGUGCCAUGUUUUCAUCUUGGAAUCAAGGAUCAAAAACCUGGAAAGAUAAAUCAGUACAACAUCGUAAAUAUAAAGUCAAGAAAAAUCCAUCCACAACAUCAAGCUUAGAAAAAUCUGGUUCCUUAUCCUAUGAUGCGAACAAUAAUUAUUUGGACAUGGAUAUAACCUAUGAUGAUGAAUUAAAUUUUUCUGAUGAUUAUUCAUCGACUUUGUUACGAGACGUAGGCAUUCAAUGUAAUUUGAAAAAAUAUCAGAAUUUCGAUUUUUUCAAAAAUGAGUCACCAGCUCCAGUUGUUAAAAAUAAACCACCAAUCAAAAUAAUUAAAUCUUCAAACAAUGGCAUUGUUUCUACAUUUAGUGAUGUUCCUAAAUUAUCGUCUCCAAGUCCAACUCCAAAUUCACCAGAUUUUCGACGGGAUUUAGAUUUAGAUCAAUCUUCAUCGAUAAGAAGUACGGAUGUUAUCUACAGUCAAAUUGAUAAAAGUCAUAAAAGCAAUCGAAACAUUAACAAUCCUAGUGGCAAUAUCAACAUUGUUUAUAAACAGCCAUUAAAUGAAAGCAAACAGCAACAGACAUCAACAUUCGAUGAUAGCAGCACGUAUGAUAUUAAAACUAAAGAGUUUGGAUUCAAUGUAAAUAAUCCAAAUUUCCGGAAAAUUCCUUUGCCAAAUCCAAAUGAAAAUCUUUGGUCAGGAUCAUCGAUAAAAAAGCCAAAAAAUCAAUAUGAUAAAGAAGUGCUCGAGGAAACAAUUUCAAUAUCAAAUUCAUCGACAGAUGAAUCUUAUAUUCACAACAAUCAUUCAAUGAAAUCAUCAAACCGUAAAAAUGAUUCACCAAUGCGUCAAUCAUAUAAUGAAGAUGAUAAUCACAGCUUUAGCAAAUUACGUAAAAUGAAAAAAAAUAAUUUGAUUAUUCAUCAUAAUAAAAAUGAUGAAAACAAUGAAAAUGUGUUACUUGAAAAUAAUUCCUUACGAUUGAAAUCAUCAAAAUCACCAUAUUCGGAACGAUUGCAUAAAAGUAAUGCCGAUUUGCGUGAACAAUUUUUAAAGGAUGAAACUAGAGGUGGCUUAGCUGCUGCUUACAAGAAUCGACAACAGCAAAAAAAUCAUCAACAAAAUCGUCACAGAACUUUAUCAUUGAAUCGAAUGAAUGCGGUUAUCAGUGAUGAAGGACGUCAACAACAGCAACAAAAUCCUCAACAUCCAUCAGUGAAACCAAAUCGUCAUCUAAGCCAAAGUCAUUUAAGUUCACGAUAUUCGGAUCUGGGUGUUGAAAAUCAUCAUCCACCACGAUCAUUAUCAUCAUCACGAUCACGAUCCAUUCAACAUGAAAGAGAUCCGAUCGUCAUGUAUAUUCCACCGGUGAAUCCUCAAAUAAUCAAUGAAUCACCCAAAUUGACAAGUAUAUUACGAAACAAUUCGACUAAAAGCAAUGUUACUGUACAAUCGAAAGCAAAAAAAUUAAAACAACCUCAACUUAAAAGUCAAAGCAAAAUUAAUUUAAAAGAUGCUGUUGUUGUUGGAGAAAAUGGUAAAAAAAAUAAUAAUGAAAAACGUGCCGAUCUAAAUCGACGUUAUUCGAUGCCAAAAGAUACUAAAUUCAAUUGGCUCAGUAAAUUUAAGCUGAAAAAAUGAAUGAAAAUUAAUUAAAUCCGGAAAUUAAACAUUAGAAAACAACGACCAUAAUGAAUACAACGCAAUUUCUCAUCAAAUCCGAUGCUGAUAACAAUAUAAACAUUUAUUUUGGAAAAUUAAAAAAAUGCAUUAUACACACACACACAUACACUCAAACAAAACACACUUUUUUCUCUACGAUUUGUUAUCUUUUAAUUUUUUAACGAUAAAUUAUGAUUAUGGAAAAAAAUACCAAACCAUUCAAACAAAACAAAAAAAAUGAAAUGAAAUCCUAAAUAAAUUGCAAUGGUAUAUAAUGGCGAAUGAAACCGAUGCUAUGCAACAAACCACAGCAAUCAUCAUUAUAAUGAUCGGUCAACGUUGACAACUAUAAAUACUUGUUACAUUUGAUAUAUUUAUAAUGAUUAUAACCUUAGUUACCGGGGCGAUGGCUAAACAAAUCAGGCAACAGCAAGAAAAAUAAUAAUCCUUAUGGUGUUAGUCA